UCUUCAUAUAAAAUAUCAUUUAAUGUAGUUGGUCUCAUAUUCGUGGUCUGAGAAAAAUCGUGAACGGGUCUCACAGCACAAUUAUGAAACCUAUUUUUGCUGCUAUUACAAUUUUUAUUGCUUUCAGUUCAGGAGCCACUGCACAGACACCAGAACCAGAAUGUCCUCCCCCACCUUAUGAUGGUCCAACCGUUUUUAUUGUCGAUUAUCACGACUGCCACUGGUACUACGAAUGUGUGCAAGGAGAUAAAAAACAUUUCGAAUGUCCACCUGAUCAGUAUUUCGACAUGUUCAAGUUUUUCUGCGGUGAUCUCAGUAACGUAACUUGCAGUACUUCAACUUCUCCGGAACCUACGCCUCCAACAAAACCUACUGCAAGGCCAACGUCUCCAACUCCUCCAACGAGGCCUUCUACGCCUCCAACUCCUCCAACGGAACCUUCAACGCCUCCAACUCCUCCAACGAAACCUUCAACGCCUCCAACUCCUCCAACUUCUCCAACGAAACCUCCGACGCCACCAACUCCUCCAACAACACCAACACCAGAACCAGAAUGCCCACCCCCAGAUUAUACUGGUCCAACCGUAUACAUUGUGGAUUACCACGACUGCCACUGGUAUUAUGAAUGUGAACAUGGAGAUAAAGUACAUGUGGAAUGUCCGCCUGAUCAAUAUUUUGACAUGUUCGAAUUUUUCUGCGGCGAUUUCAGCAACGUUACUUGCAGUACUUCAACUUCUUCGACACCUACUGAUAGGCCAACAUCUCCAACCCCUCCAACGAGACCUUCAACUCCUCCAACUCCUCCAACGCCUCCAACGAAACCCCCAACCUCGCCGACACCUACAACAAAGCCAACUCCAGCUCCAGGGAAAAGAUGUAUAGGAGUAACAGAUGGCGAAUACAUUCCUUAUCCAGAAGACUGCUCCAGAUACAUCGAGUGUAUUGGCGAGAAGGAAUACUACUUCCAUUGCCCACGUGGUGUCUACUAUGACAAAUCAACAGGAAAAUGCAGCUCUUCCUCUGACGACCGUUGCUGAGUUCUGAAGAUAUUGUGGAUGUCACCAUCUUCCUCCCGGAAACUCUGCUGAUGUAAAUGAAGUCUCAAUAAAUGUUUGGAAAAAAAUA